UGAAUAGAUAGUUGUCACAUUGAUAUUAGACACACUUAAAAUAACUUUGCAUGUUGUGAGUAAGAUGACAUGUUGUCCAUGUUAUCUUUGUCAACUCCCUUGUUCUUUUCACUUGCAACCUUACCCAAUAGAGUGAUUUAUAACACUCUUGCUACUGCUGUUGUGUGUUCUUCAAACUGCUUUGGGGAAUCUCCAAUCUCUCUGCUUGAGAGGUGCAAGUCCAUGUACCACCUAAAGCAAAUUCACUCCCACACCGUCAAAAUUGGUCUCUCUUCAGACCCUUUAUUUCAAAAUCAAGUCAUAGUCUUCUGUUGUGCUAAUCAAUCAGGGGAUAUGGACUAUGCCCGUCAGGUGUUUGACACAAUCCCGCACCCAACUGCUUUCAUUUGGAAUACCAUGAUCAAGGGGUAUUCUAGGAUCAACCGUCCUGAGAAUGGAGUUUCCAUGUAUCUAUUUAUGCUGGCUAAUAGCAUCAAGCCUGACCGUUAUACAUUUCCCUUCUUGUUGAAGGGAUUUAACAGUGAUAUGGCUUUGCAGCAUGGGAAAGUGUUGCUUAACCAUGCACUGAAGCAUGGAUUUGAUUCUAAUUUGUUUGUUCAAAAGGCUUUCAUACAAAUGUUUUCCUUGUGUGGGCUUGUGGAUUUGGCUUACAAGGUUUUUUAUAUGGGUGAUGCGUGGGAAGUAGUUACCUGGAAUAUAAUGCUAUCCGGGUAUAACAGAGUUAAGCAAUUUAAGAAAUCAAAGAAGCUUUUUAAUGAGAUGGAGAAGAGAGGAGUGUUGCCGAAUUCAGUUACACUAGUAUUGAUGCUUUCUGCAUUCUCCAAACUGAAGGAUUUAGAUGGGGGCAAGAACAUUUUUAAGUAUAUUAAAGAAGGUAUUGUUGAACCUAAUCUCAUAUUGGAAAAUGCUUUGAUCGAUAUGUUUGCAUCUUGCGGAGAAAUGGAUGCUGCACAAGUUGUUUUUGACAAUAUGAAGGCUCGAGAUGUUAUUUCUUGGACUUGUAUUGUUACUGGGUUUGCCAAUGUCGGUCAAAUUGAUUUAGCUCGGAAGUAUUUUGAUCAAAUGCCUGAGAGAGAUUAUGUUUCCUGGACUGCUAUGAUUGAUGGCUACCUCAGAAUGAACCGUUUCAUAGAGGUUUUAGCACUCUUCCGUGAGAUGCAAAUGUCAAAUGUGAAACCUGACGAGUUCACCAUGGUUAGCAUUCUAACGGCUUGUGCGCAUCUGGGAGCACUUGAGCUAGGGGAAUGGGUAAAGACUUACAUUGACAAAAACAGUAUUAAAAAUGAUACUUUUGUUGGGAAUGCUCUGAUAGACAUGUACUUUAAAUGUGGGAAUGUUGGAAAAGCAAACACGGUAUUUAAGGAAAUGCGUCAGAAAGACAAAUUUACCUGGACAGCGAUGAUAGUUGGCCUUGCCAUUAAUGGCCAUGGUGAAGAAGCUCUUGCCAUGUUUUCAAGUAUGAUAGAGGCUUCGGUUACACCAGACGAGAUAACCUAUAUUGGUGUCCUGUGUGCAUGCACACAUGCAGGCAUGGUAGAUAGAGGAAAAAGUUUUUUCACUGCCAUGACCAUGCAACAUGGAAUUAAGCCUAAUGUGACACAUUAUGGAUGCAUGGUUGAUCUCCUUGGUCGUGCUGGGCAUUUAGAAGAAGCCAUUGAGGUCAUAGUGAAUAUGCCUGUAAAACCAAAUUCAAUUGUUUGGGGAUCACUUCUUGGCGCUUGUAGAGUUCACAAAAAUGUGCAUCUAGCAGAAAUGGCAGCUAAACAAAUUCUUGAGUUAGAGCCUGAAAAUGGGGCUGUUUAUGUCUUGUUAUGUAAUAUAUAUGCUGCCUGCAAAAGAUGGGAAAACUUGCGUCAGGUCAGGAAAAUGAUGAUGGAGAGGGGAAUCAAGAAAACACCAGGUUGCAGUUUGAUGGAGUUGAAUGGCAAUGUUUAUGAAUUUGUUGCUGGGGAUCAGUCACAUCCUCAAUCUAAAAAUAUAUAUGCAAAGCUAGAAAAGAUGAUGCAGGACUUGAUAAAAGCAGGGUACUCACCUGAUACAUCAGAGGUUUUCCUUGAUCUAGGGGAGGAGGAUAAGGAGACCGCACUUUACCGGCAUAGUGAGAAGUUGGCUAUUGCCUAUGCCCUUAUUAGUUCAGGCCCUGGAGUUACUAUAAGAAUAAUUAAGAACCUUAGAAUGUGUGUGGAUUGUCACCUGAUGGCAAAGCUGGUGUCAAAAGCUUACAAAAGGGAACUAAUAAUUAGAGAUAAAACCAGAUUCCAUCAUUUCAGGCAUGGUUCAUGUUCAUGUAAUAAUUUCUGGUGAACAUUUUAACAAGAAGAUCCAGAAGAGUAGCUACAAGCCAACUACGUAGUGCAGUUCUCACGUUUACAGAGAAAUAUAUAUUCUAUACUUUUGUGCUUAAGUCAUGUCAAUUUUGAUCUCCAUUAUAUCAUUAUAGAAACUCGACACCACCGCAGAUUGUGUGG